GCCAGACUCAGCUAUAACCCACACGCACCUCUCCCGUUAAUCCACCUCUCGCCUCCAAUGCACAUCUCACCAUAAUGGUCCUCCCUACGAAACCCAAUUCAUGGUUAUGCGAACACCACUCCAUCCUCUCCACCUCCAUCGGAAUCCUCGCAUUCGAGGCCGCCGCCGCCAUGUCCCGCCUGGUUUCCCUCCACCGCUCCCUCUCAGAACCCGAACUCCGCCGCCUCCGCGCCGACACCAUGCGCUCCCCCGGUGUCGCUUACCUCACCUCCACCGACCAGCACUUCCUCUUGCGCCUCGCCUGUGCCGAACUCUUCUCCGAUCUAGACUCCGCUGCAGCUACCGUCUCCCGGUUCUCCAUCCACUGCGACUCCGAACCCCUGCUCUCCUUCCCUCGCACCUAUGCUGGCAUCAAAGCUGGCUCCACAACCACCCAUAUCGUAACUCUAUCAGUCAAAGGAGUGGAACGCCGAGUCAAGCAGAUGGAGAAAUGCGUUGCCGUUGUUGUGAAGCUCUUGGAGGAGAUGGAAGCAGGGGGAAAAAACAUGACUUUGGUGAAAUUCGGUACGCUGGUGCCGCAUAAGCCGACGGCGGAGAUCAAUUCGCAGAUAAAGAAAGUGGGGAAGCUAAAGGAACAGUCUUUAUGGUGCAAGACGUUUGACGAGGUGGUAGCGCUCAUGUCACAAGUAGUCCUCGCCAUCUUCGCACGCAUCUGCGCCGUCUUCAGCCCCUUCGUUCCGGGACUGCCUCCAGUACUGAUCUCCGGCUGCCGAAUGAGCUUCAAUCCAUUCAAUCCGAGAUUACGAGUUUAUCCCCUGUUCACCAGCAGGCCUUACGCCUCCGGGCCGAUAGACCGAACGAAAGCAGCUGCCAAAGAAGUAGCUUUCCGAAACUCAUGCCCAAUCAUAGGCAGGGGAAACAGUGAAGGAGAGUACAAGCUCCCUCAGGACUGCAAGAAAGUUUUAAAGCCGGAGGAGAGAACGGUGGGCGGCUCCGGGCUGAUGAUUCAAUAUGCGAAUAUCAUCUUCACAGCUGAGAGGUUGAUGAGGAUUAAGAAUGGCGCGGAGGAAGCAGAAGAGGGGGAAGUCGCGGCGACAAGAAAUGAAAUAUAUCAGAUGUUGCCAGCGAAGCUGCAGGGGAUGGUGAGGAGGAGGUUGAGGGAGAGGUGGAGGGAGAGAGGAGCUGCUGACUGCAAACUUGCGGAAGGGUGGAGAGAGGCUGUGGAGAGAAUACUGAAGUGGUUGGGUCCGGUGGCUAGGGAUACAGAAAAAUGGCGGGAGGAGAGGAUGAUGGACAAGCGACGGCGGUUGAACACAAAGCCGCGUGUUUUCGCUCUACAGACUCUAUUGUUCUCUGAUAGGGAGAAAGUUGAAAUGGCGAUUGCCGAGGUCCUCGUCGGGUUUAGCUGCAUCUGCUGGUAUGAGGGCGACGGCUACAUCGCCGGGGACGGCUGCUGCCGCAAUUCAUAGUGGUCGUUUAGAAUGGGUACUAUGUAAAAGUAAUUAUAAAAUUAUUAUAAUAAAAAUUAUUUUUUAGGUCAUAGCAACAUUAUAUUUUUUCUUGGGGUUUAUAUACAUAAAAUUUUGAAGUUCCAAUUUAUAUUUUUCUUCCAGUUCAUUAUCCCCAAUCAUAGACCAGUUCUCUCAUCUUAGCUAUCUACUUAUGAAGAGCAGAUUUGGAGUUCUGAUUAGGGAAUAUGAUUUUAGGUUUUACAAAUCCAAUAUCCAUUGUGAUAAAAUUGAUGCGUAUUAUGGGAAUGUAACACUUGUAAUCUUUCAAAUGCACACGCUAUAACUCAAAAAA